GGGGACCAUACUCGGAAGUCAUCAAGUCGCUGGUGCAGCUAUCCUUGCGGCACGAAGCGGAGCUGGGCCGCCUUCGGGCGGAUGGCAGAUUCAUGCUGUUCCUGGACACCCCCCAGACCAAUCCGGCAGCGGGCAUCAUGCUAGGGGUGAAGGCGGUGGCGAUGGAGUGGUCCCAAAAGUAUGCAGCGGGGACCGUGAAGAGCCCACUGCGGAACCUGUUGUUGCUGGCAGUCAUCAAAGAACUCCAGUCACGAUUGACAGCCUUCCUUCAGGACGAGGACCGAUGCGGCCGGGCAAUCACUGCAGGGUGGAUGGCCGAGGGUCACAAUGCAUUGGACCCAGUAUGGAAUUACUGGGGAUGGAAUCCCAAAGAGAAACGACAAGAAAAGACGGAUCAGCAGCCAAUGCAGAGCACUGCAGUGCAAGCCCAGCUCCAACUGCUGGAGGACAAUAUCACCAAGGAAGGAGUCCUGCUGAACUUCCGCAGCACGAAGGACUUGGAGAAGGAGCAGGAUCUCGAGGUGGUCCCCUUCAUGAUCACCGUGGGUCUGAGAGCGCCGGAGUCCCAUGCAACCUAUCGGGCAUUCCAGCUCCUCUGCGGGAGUGCAGUCUGCAAGCUCAUUGGGGCCAGGAUCAGGAGAAUUACCUGUCCACGCCGUAUUGCCAAUGGAGCCGCCGCGCUUCCCGCUGAGACCGCUCUAUACUGGAUGGGUGCCAUGUCCAGCCACCCAGCCGGUGCAUAUGGAGGUGAGUUUAUCAACCAUGUCUUGACACUCAUUCAGCCCAGCGCUUAUCGCGGCUUGCUGCACACGCCGGUGCUGCUGCACCCGACCGGGGCUACACUUCCUGAGCUGAUUGCGAGCUGGCAUACGCAAUAUGCUGUGCAUGCCCUGCACAGCGAAACAGUCGCAGUGCCGGUGUAUGAGAAUGCUGAGGGACUGAGUGUCCGCCAUAUAGUGGCUGCCAACAGCUACUUGAUAGGAUCGCCUCUCCUGGACGCAGGGCACCCAGUUGCGGCACUGUCUGCAAUGCAUCUCCAGCUCAGCAUGGCUCAACUCCUGCCGUAUCCGCCUGAUGUGUACACAGAUGCCCUGGAGGAGGCAUUGCUGCUCCACGCAGCCACAAGCUUGCUCAGAGAGCAGGGUCACGGAACGCUGCCUCCGGCUAUGGGCUUGGCGGUGCGCAAUGAUAUCAUCUGUUGGGCAGGGCAAGUUUUGGAGCCAGACAGCCGAGAGGUUUUCAUGAGCUACGCUCAAUCACUCAACCGCCACCUGCGGCGCUACCUGACCACUUACAUGCCAGAGCCAAUCGGGGAGCCCGGGCCACAGAGCCCUGAAGCUGAGACAUUGGCGUGGCACUUUGUGUCGGAUGGCAGUGCCACACUAUGCGGUGCGGUCAGGCAAGCCGUUGCUGUCCUGGAUUGGCAAGCCGGCCGACAUGCCUUCAGUGGCGAGCGCAAAGCCAAUGUCACCAUGGGGGCGUAUAGCAAGGGCCCGCAUUGUGGCAUAUGCAGUGGCACGCGAGCUCAUCCGUCCUUUUGCAGGUUGGUGAAUAGAUUCAUUAAUCAUCUUUGUCCUCAACUUGUUUGGACAACCUUCGCUUUGAAUCUGGACACGCGUACACCACCGCAUCGUGAUCAGGGGAAUGCGCCGACCGGCAGUCUGCUCACCCUCCUCACUCACAAUGAGGGAGGUGAACUGUGGCUAGAAGAUGGCCAGGGCCAAUGCUACAAUGACACAGAGGUGGGCAUGCGUUGUGGGAGGAUAAUCAGGCUGUCCAUGCAGAGCCUGCUGUUUCCCGCCCAUGCCAUGACUCACUGUACAUGUGAUUGGUCGCUGACCAACCGAGUCACGUUGGCGGCCUACUGCAUAGGAAGACGACUGCCUACUACCCAUCCGGUGCUCAUGGCCAAUCGGGCGGCAUCCAUGGCGGCAGAGGACAUUCCAAGUGUUGCUCAGCCUGCCCCCUUGGUCGUCAUACUCGCCGAUGUCAGCAUGGUCAUUGGGCAGGUGAAAGAUGCGACGACUGGUGCACUCCGUGAUGACUCCACCCGCGUUGGGGCCCGGGUGGAGGUCAUUGAUCUGGAGGUGUGGCUGGAAGUAUGCCGAAUCAUCGGGGCUCUGAAAGGGGACGCGAUGUUGGCGUGGUGGGCAGCUGGAUUUCCAGAUGAUGGACUGAACCCGAGUCAGUUUUGGGCCUGCUUAGACGACAGCGACACAAUUUUGGUGAUUGAGGAGGACUCGACGGCCCGAGGAGUGGAUCUUCCGCUGUACGUGCGACAUCCGAAGACAGUGAACAUUAUCGCUCUUUUGGUAUACAUGGCGCUUGGCAUGAGCGUGAUGUCAUUCUACGAAAAUUGGAGUUUCGUGACGUCCUUCUAUGUCAUUGUCCAGAUUAUCACGACGGUCGGCUACGGGGACAUUGCUCCAACUGCGAGCGGCGAGCUGUUCCUGACAUUCUAUGUUUUGCUAGGCACGGUCCUGGUUGCUAGCAUUUUAAAUGGCCUGAUCGAGUCCUUCCUGGAAGCUUCAGAAGACCGGUUGGGUGAGUCCCUGGUUGCGAUGAGGACGAACAUAGCUAGGAGUGUCAGUCAGGAUGACCUAGGCUGCAGGUGCUCAUGGAGCAGAUCCGUCAAGGACCUGGCGAGUGCCACCAUGGUUUACCUCUUCUUCCUUGCCGUUUGGGCCGCAUUCUUUACGAUUUACGAAGGAUGCUCGUGUUCAUAUGGGGCCAGUCGAAUUGAUGGGUGCGAAGAGGGUGAUCAAUGCCUUGCAACUGGCGGUGCUCACUUGAGCAUCCGGCAGGCAUUCUACAUGGGAGUCAUAACGUUUUCCACUGUGGGCUUUGGAGACUUCAGCCCGAAGUCGAGACUGGGAAGGAUCUUUGGCUCAGUAUGGAUGAUCCUUGGUAUUAUUGCCUUUGGCACGAUGGUGGGCCACGUGUCCACCAUAUUGACUGACUGGAGGAGGUUCCAUAAGAGAAGAGUCCUGGUUUCUCGGGAUACGUUCAACAAAAUGGACCGAGAUGGCUCUGGUAAGGUCAGGCGCCAUGAGUUCUUGCGGUAUAUGCUUGUGAGACAAGGGUUGGUCAAAGCAGAAGCACUCGAGAACAUCGACGCCUUGUUUGAGGAACUGGACCAGGAUGGGAGUGGCAUCCUGUCUUUCGACGAGAUCAACGGCCGGCUCCUGCCAUUGGAUUCGUGA